AGGAGAGAGUGGAGAGAGAGGUGGUUGAUCUGAUGAACAAACCUGGUCUCAGCAGCAGCCCCUCCCAUUUUGACUCAGCCACACGGCCCACACUCGGUCUCCUCCUAUGUUUCUAUCUCAACUACCGCUUCCCUUGUCUGUCAAAGAUUUUAAAUUCUUCUUCUUUGUCUUCUUCAUGUCUGCUUCGGCGGAGUUUUUGGGUUCUUCUCCAUCACCUACAGUUUUAUUCGCGUUUGUCUCCAUUUAAGAUAUGAAGUGUUUUCAUUUCUCUAAUGGAGAGAAGAGAGAGGAAGAACAUGGCGUUAUGUCCAGGGUUUCUAGAGUAUCCUGGGCCCGUUCCUUGAGCAUAGCUUCCAGCACUGCGGAUGUUAGGCGAUCCGAGUUUGGUUCGGAGUCAAGGGAUUUCUCCGAGUCUCUGAGUUUUCACGACUUCUUCUCCCAGAGGAGACCUAAUGAUCUACGAGUCUUUUCUUUCUCUGAGCUGAGAUCGGCUACCAGAGGAUUCAGUCGUGCGCUCAUGAUUGGCGAGGGAGGUUUUGGUUGUGUUUAUAGAGCGAUUGUUACGGUUUCUGAUGAUGAUCCUGAUGCCAAGAUGCAUGUUGCUAUCAAACAGUUGAAUCGGAAUGGUUUGCAGGGACAUAAGGAAUGGAUUACAGAAGUAAACUAUUUGGGUGUUGUGAAGCACCCAAAUCUUGUCAGAUUAGUAGGAUAUUGUGCUGAAGAUGAUGAGAGAGGAAUUCAACGGCUUUUGGUAUAUGAACUUAUGAGGAAUAAAAGCUUGGAGGACCAUAUUCUUGCUCGGAUGCCAUCUUCUCUUCCAUGGGAAAUGAGAUUAAAAAUUGCCCUAGAUGCAGCACGUGGUUUAGCAUACCUUCAUGAAGAAAUGGAUUUUCAGUUAAUAUUUCGGGAUUUUAAAUCUUCAAACAUUCUGUUAGAUGAGGACUUCAAUGCAAAGCUCUCAGACUUCGGGUUGGCUAGGCUGGGUCCAACUGAAGGACUUGGCCAUGUUUCAACAUCGGUUAGUUAUACAUCUGGCAUUUAUGUAUGCAUGGACAGUGAGGAGGUUGUGGGAACAGUGGGCUAUGCUGCUCCAGAAUACAUUCAAACAGGGAGAUUGACUGCCAAGAGUGAUGUUUGGAGCUUUGGAGUGGUCCUCUAUGAACUCAUAUCCGGAAGACGGUCAGUGGACAGAAACCUACCUAGGAGUGAGCAGAAGCUUUUAGAAUGGGUGAAACCAUAUGUAUCAGACUCCAAGAAAUUCCACCUUAUACUAGAUCCACGACUAGAAGAAGGCAGUUCUUGCAUAAAAUCUGCUCAAAAACUUGCUUCCCUUGCUAACAAGUGUCUAAUGAAGCAAUCCAAAUCUCGCCCCAAGAUGAGUGAAGUGGUUGAGAUGCUGGGACAGAUCAUUGCUGAGGCAUCAUCAACAUCAGAUGGUGGGGUCUCACAAUCUAUGAAAGAAACCGAACCUGUGAAGGAAGACAAUGUUGCAGAGAAUGAAUCAACAAAGCAAGGGGGCAGUUAUCUGAAGAGGGUAUUUGAUUUCAGGGAAAUUGUCAGCUUUAGAAAUAGAUCCAGUGGGAAGUUGGAUUGGAGAAAUUGGACACCAGGGUUGGUGAGGACCUGGUGAUGAGUUCGUGGAAGUGGAGUAUGAAAAUGCAUCCCUGCUCAGACCUGGCAAUUGGUAACUUAUAUGCCUCUCUUCCUAUUCCUGACAGGUUUGUAAUUAAAGCAGAAUAUGUUCCCACAGCUUACAAAUUAAAAUAUUAAUUGAAGUAUAUGCUUUCCAAAUUCCAAUGAAUUGUCUUCAUUUCAUGGUUAUUUGUAAAUGUAUAAAUAGGCUAGCAAAGGCCCCAUUUUUAAGCAUUCAUAUGAUAUUUUUAGGCAUCUCCCUCUUUUCCCUGUGUAUAUUAAUGGAGCCAGUGAGGAAGCAUUGUCAAUUUGUAUUCUUCACACCA